AUGGCCGAUACACAGAGUGCUGCGAUGCAUUUCAUCUCCGCCGAACCGACGCGCGAUCCCAACUACAACGACUUCACAUUCACACCCUUCCUCCGCAAAAGCUUUGGCUUCGGACUGGCCAGCGAUGUACCUGUCUGCAAAGCCUACAGUGAAGGCCACUGUCCACUGGGGCCUGCCUGUCCCGAUCGCCAUCCCACCCCAUCUCGCGUGACGACCUCGACGACGACGGCAUCCGGCAUGGCCCCCUCGACCACCCACGGAUCCUUGGUCUGCAAACAUUUCCUCAAGGGGCUGUGUAAGAAAGGACUGAAAUGCGAAUAUCUUCACGAAUACAACCUGCGGCGAAUGCCCGAAUGCCAGUCUUUUUCCCGAUCGGGAUAUUGUACCAACGGCGACGACUGUCUUUACCAACAUGUCCGUGAAGAGGCCCGCCUGCCCCCCUGUGAACACUACGAUCAGGGCUACUGUGAACUAGGACCGCUCUGUGCCAAGCGCCACGUCCGCCGACGCUUGUGUCUCUUCUAUCUGGCUGGCUUCUGUCCUGAUGGCAAAGGCUGUGCCGAUGCCCACCCCCGGUGGACCGAAAAUCUCCCCCGCCCCACGAUGCGCACGGAGAAGACCGAGGAAGAAUUGGAACAUGAAAAAGCCCUUAUCCGGGAAGAACAAGAACGAGAGAAAGAACGAGAACGGGAAUGGCGCAGCGAGAGGGGGCGGGGCGGUGGUUUCGGCCGUGGGCGCUUUCGUGGGCGCGGCAGGGGCUAG